UCGCUGGUUAGACUCACAACUGGAUUUUGUCGUGUGAUACGUGCAGAGUGGCGGCGGUGUGUAAAUAAUCGAGACGUCUGUAAAUAAACGAGUAUGUCUUCAGCAAACUUUGUUCAAAAUGCCAGUAUCAAAUACUUGAGUCGCACGUAAAAUAUCAUCCCUCGCCCAAACAUUGCAAACCGACAUUGCCCUGUGUGAGAAGAUAUGUGAUAUUCUUUGAAUCAUCUGGUUAUGCUUUGUAUGUUUUGGCCCUUACACAGCAUUACAAAUAAUUUAUCAGGUUCUUUUUUUGUUUUGCCUAUUGGUAUUCUUUCAUUCUACAUCAUAUAUCGCAAAACAAUAUUUUGACCUCGAGAAGGUCUUGAAACAAGCCGAGAACAGUGCUUUAUACGCAACACAGUUUCAGAUCUUCAUAAAUACCUCGAUUACAGCGUUUUCUGAGUAUGCAACCAUUCUUAAACAUUACAUUGAUUCAUAAACAAUUCGAUUACAAUGGUUCAUGAACAACUCGAUUACUAUGCUUCACGAACAAAACCUGAAGUAAGUGACUUAUGAACAUGUGUAAUAACACAGUUGACAGUUGAAAGUCCUCGACUGUGUUUGUUUUCUAAGGGAGGUAACUGAUUGAAACAGCCUCAUAUAAUCAUGACGGGGUCACAGUGCGGAAGGGUCGUACAUGUCGUUAGUGGAUGCUGUGUUCGGUUACUGCAUCGACACAACGGAGGCAGAUGUAGUUUGGUUACAAGAAAAUUCCUAACGACUUCAUCACAGCAGUCGGAACGAAGUCCACUGGAAGGAAUACGAAUUCUAGAUCUUACCAGGGUUCUAGCAGGACCGUACUGUUCCAUGUUGUUCGCCGACCUAGGAGCAGAUGUGAUCAAAGUUGAACGACCAGGUGCAGGUGAUGAUACGAGGAGCUGGGGACCUCCCUUCAAGGGCACAGAAAGUGCAUACUUCCUUUCUGUUAACAGAAACAAAAAGAGUAUAGCAGUAGAUUUGAAGAAACCGAAAGGUGUUAAGAUUGUCAAACAGUUAGCCGGUUCCUGUGAUGUGCUGAUUGAGAAUUACCUGCCAGGAAAGCUUGGGGAGAUGGGUCUUGGAUAUGAUGACAUGAAAGCUCUCGUCCCUCGGCUGGUAUACUGCUCAAUCUCAGGAUAUGGUCAGACAGGACCAUACAGGUCCCGAGCUGGCUACGACGCCAUCGCUUCAGGUGUAGGAGGUCUGAUGAAUAUCACAGGACCACGUGACGGGGACCCAUGCAGGGUGGGCGUGGCAAUGACGGACUUGUCAACAGGAUUGUACGCAUUUGGUGCCACCAUGGUUGCACUACAUCACCGUCAGCAGACUGGGUGUGGUCAACACAUCGACUGUAACCUCCUCUCCACUCAGGUGGCCUCACUUGUGAACAUUGCCUCAAACUAUCUGAAUGCUGGGAUGGAGGGGAAACGGCAUGGAACAGGACAUGAGAGCAUUGUACCGUACCAGGCUUUCAAGACCAAAGACGGGGGAUAUAUGCUGGUGGGAGCAGGAAACGACAAACAGUUUCGGCUUCUGUGUAAGAGGAUGGACCUACCAGAGCUGUUGGAAGAUGAAAGGUUCCAACAAAACCAAGUGAGAGUAGCAAACAGAGACAUAUUGCUGCCCUUGCUAGCAAACAGGUUUGAGACAAAGACCUCCUCACAGUGGAUGCAGGUGCUCGAGGGGUCGGGAAUACCAUACGGUCCUGUCAACAACAUGCAGGAAGUCUUCUCCGAUCCUCAGGUGGUCAACAAUGGGAUGAUCCAGGAGGUGCAGCACCCCACAGCAGGAACAAUCAGACUUCCGGGACCAGCCGUGAGAUACAGUUUGUCCCAGACUGUGGUGCCCCGUCCCCUUCCAACCCUCGGACAACACACACAGGAAGUGCUGCAGGGGAUUCUGGGAUAUUCCGACAUGCAGCUAAAGCAGUUGAUAGAAGCUGGUGUUGUACAAUAGUCACAGCUAUUACUUAACCAUCGAGGACAUGUACAUUUCGUGUCGAGAUGUUAAACUGAGGGAAUAUGACUUUGUUAUUUAUUCAGAUUACAGAGUGGAUGAUUAUUGUGUUUUCCUUCCAAAUCAUUUUUAUAUAUUUUGAAUCAACAAUCCAAAUAUCUCAGGACAGCAUUUGUCUCUCUGAUUUUUUGUUAGUUCAUUGUUUAAAAAAAAUGACAUAUGGUCCAGCUAGAAUCAGCUAUGAAAUGCUUUCCGUAUAUUCUGCUUUUUAACACUGUAACGUUAACGACAGUGAUGCAACUGUGCUAACAUUACAACGAGCAAUCUGGUAAUGGAAAUGGUGAUGGAAAUACUGUUGCAACUGAAAAUGAGUUGGAGGGUGGGUGGAAUAGUUGAAUGCAAUUUCAGACAAUAUUUCUGAUUGUUAUCACAGGGAAAUCAAAAGUAGCAUUACAAUGCUGAAACCAAAGAUACUGUCUCAAAGGAUGUAAAUUCACUCCGUCCGAAGUUUAAUGCUAUUCUGAUGGCAGCUGUCUGGUCAUUUUGUGCCAUUAAUUGUAAACGGGAUGAGAGGUGUAAUUUGUGCGUGGACCUUGGAUUAUGUAGUUUUACGGUAUUGUGGUCGCCAGUUUGAUUUUGAAUGUACUUCUUACGUGACUGAGCCUGAACUGUUUACGAGAAGACUACAUAUACUAGAUGAUGUAUCACACAUGCCGUUUUGAUCAUCAUGAGUGCAAUAUUUUUAAUUUCGAAUAUGAAUUCGUGAAAUACCUUUAUUGGUCACAAGAUCGGUGCGUGUGUAUUGGUGUGUGCGUCCGUAAAACAACAAAAAUACGGCACAAGAUGAAUUUCCCUUGGCAUUCAGGGAUCGAAAGAUAACAGUUACCGUAACAAACUGUACUGACGCGUAAAUAUAUAAUGACGUCACAAUGUAAUGUCACAAACACUGUGACGCGGCGCUGUUUUGACAUCACAUUGGUGGCUUGCAAUGUGAAUACAAUGUUUAAAUGGAUAGAGGAUAUUUCAUGUGACAAGUGAAAUGUGAUUUGUCUUACACACCUGUGGUUGAGAACCCCAAGCCUGUGACUGGCUACUCCACAGUGAUGACCUAGGGUCAGAUUAUGAUGGACUGAUUUCCUGAUUCAUUGACGUGUUACUCAGGUUCUAGUUCUUCAAUCGAACGCAAACCUUUUACUGGUGCCAAACAUCUCUAUAUACUGAUCUGCUAUUUUCGCUAUUGUAACGUAAACAGGUAUAUAUGCAAUAAAAGACACGUCAAGUAAAUAUAA